AUGUCGAUAAAAGCAGCUGCGCAGGAACAGCUGCGCAGGAACAGCUGCGCAGGAACAGCUGCGCAGGAACAGCUGCGCAGGAACGGCUGCGCCGAAACGGCUGCGCAGGAACGGCAGCGCAGGAACGGCUGCGCAGGAACGGCUGCGCAGGAACGGCUGCGCAGCAACGGCUGCUCAGGAACGGCUGCGCAGGAACGGCUGCGCAGGAACGGCUGCGCAGGAACGGCUGCGCAGAAACGGCUGCGCAGGAACGGCUGCGCAGAAACGGCUGCGCCGAAACGGCUGCGCCGAAACGGCUGCGCCGAAACGGCUGCGCCGAAACGGCUGCGCCGAAACGGCUGCGCCGAAACGGCUGCGCAGAAACGGCUGCGCCGAAACGGCUGCGCAGAAACGGCUGCGCCGAAACGGCUGCGCAGAAACGGCUGCGCCGAAACGGCUGCGCAGAAACGGCUGCGCCGAAACGGCUGCGCAGGAACGGCUGCGCAGGAACGGCUGCGCAGAAACGGCUGCGCAGAAACAGCUAGGCAGAAACAGCUGCGCAGGAACAGCUGCGCAGGAACAGCUGCGCAGGAACAGCUGCGCAGGAACAGCUGCGCAGGAGCAGCUGCGCAGGAGCAGCUGCGCAGGAGCAGCUGCGCAGGAGCAGCUGCGCAGGAGCAGCUGCGCAGGAGCAGCUGCGCAGGAGCAGCUGCGCAGGAACAGCUGCGCAACAGCGGCUGCGCAACAGCGGCUGCGCAGGAACGGCUGCGCAGGAACGGCUGCGCAGGAACGGCUGCGCAGGAACGGCUGCGCAGGAACGGCUGCGCAGGAACGGCUGCGCAGAAACGGCUGCGCAGAAACGGCUGCGCCGAAACGGCUGCGCCGAAACGGCUGCGCCGAAACGGCUGCGCCGAAACGGCUGCGCAGAAACGGCUGCGCAGAAACGGCUGCGCAGAAACGGCUAGGCAGGAACGGCUGCGCAGGAACGGCUGCGCAGGAACGGCUGCGCAGGAACGGCUGCGCAGGAACGGCUGCGCAGGAACGGCUGCGCAGGAACGGCUGCGCGGGAGCGGCUGCGCGGGAGCGGCUGCGCGGGAGCGGCUGCGCGGGAGCGGCUGCGCGGGAGCGGGUCCGCGGGAGCGGGUGCGCGGGAGCGGGUGCGCGGGAGCGGGUGCGCGGGAGCGGGUGCGCGGGAGCGGGUGCGCGGGAGCGGGUGCGCGGGAGCGGCUGCGCGGGAGCGGGUGCGCGGGAGCGGCUGCGCGGGAACGGCUGCGCGGGAACGGCUGCGCGGGAACGGCUGCGCGGGAACGGCUGCGCGGGAACGGCUGCGCGGGAACGGCUGCGCGGGAACGGCUGCGCGGAAACGGCUGCGCGGAAACGGCUGCGCGGAAACGGCUGCGCGGAAACGGCUGCGCGGAAACGGCUGCGACGAAACGGCUGCGCCGAAACGGCUGCGCCGAAACGGCUGCGCCGAAACGGCUGCGCAGAAACGGCUGCGCAGGAACGGCUGCGCAGGAACGGCUGCGCAGAAACGGCUGCGCAGAAACGGCUGCGCAGAAACAGCUGCGCAGAAACAGCUGCGCAGAAGCAGCUGCGCAGAAGCAGCUGCGCAGAAGCAGCUGCGCAGAAACAGCUGCGCAGAAGCAGCUGCGCAGAAGCAGCUGCGCAGAAGCAGCUGCGCAGAAGCAGCUGCGCAGAAGCAGCUGCGCAGAAGCAGCUGCGCAGAAGCAGCUGCGCAGGAACAGCUGCGCAGAAGCGGCUGCGCAGGAACGGCUGCGCAGGAACGGCUGCGCAGGAACGGCUGCGCAGGAACGGCUGCGCAGGAACGGCUGCGCAGGAACGGCUGAGCAGGAACGGCUGCGCAGGAACGGCUGCGCAGGAACGGCUGCGCAGGAACGGCUGCGCAGGAACGGCUGCGCAGGAACGGCUGCGCAGGAACGGCUGCGCAGGAACGGCUGCGCAGGAACGGCUGCGCAGGAACGGCUGCGCAGAAACGGCUGCGCCGAAACGGCUGCGCCGAAACGGCUGCGCCGAAACGGCUGCGCAGAAACGGCUGCGCCGAAACGGCUGCGCCGAAACGGCUGCGCAGAAACGGCUGCAAACGGCUGCGCAGGAACGGCUGCGCAGGAACGGCUGCGCAGGAACGGCUGCGCAGGAACGGCUGCGCAGGAACGGCUGCGCAGGAACGGCUGCGCAGGAACGGCUGCGCAGGAACGGCUGCGCAGGAACGGCUGCGCAGGAACGGCUGCGCAGGAACGGCUGCGCAGGAACGGCUGCGCAGGAACGGCUGCGGAGGAACGGCUGCGCAGGAACGGCUGCGCAGGAACGGCUGCGCAGGAACGGCUGCGCAGGAACGGCUGCGCAGGAACGGCUGCGCAGAAACGGCUGCGCAGGAACGGCUGCGCAGGAACGGCUGCUCAGGAACGGCUGCGCAGGAACGGCUGCGCAGGAACGGCUGCGCAGGAACGGCUGCGCAGGAACGGCUGCGCAGAAACGGCUGCGCAGAAACGGCUGCGCAGAAACGGCUGCGCCGAAACGGCUGCGCCGAAACGGCUGCGCCGAAACGGCUGCGCCGAAACGGCUGCGCCGAAACGGCUGCGCCGAAACGGCUGCGCCGAAACGGCUGCGCCGAAACGGCUGCGCCGAAACGGCUGCGCAGGAACGGCUGCGCAGGAACAGCUGCGCAGGAACAGCUGCGCAGAAACAGCUAGGCAGAAACAGCUGCGCAGAAACAGCUGCGCAGAAACAGCUGCGCAGAAACAGCUGCGCAGAAACAGCUGCGCAGAAACAGCUGCGCAGAAACAGCUGCGCAGAAACAGCUGCGCAGAAGCAGCUGCGCAGAAGCAGCUGCGCAGGAACAGCUGCGCAGGAACAGCUGCGCAGGAACAGCUGCGCAGAAGCAGCUGCGCAGGAACAGCUGCGCAGAAGCAGCUGCGCAGGAACAGCUGCGCAGGAACAGCUGCGCAGGAACAGCUGCGCAGGAACAGCUGCGCAGGAACAGCUGCGCAGGAACACCUGCGCAGGUACGGCUGCGCAGGAACGGCUGCGCAGGAACGGCUGCGCAGGAACGGCUGCGCAGGAACGGCUGCGCAGCAACGGCUGCGCAGCAACGGCUGCGCAGGAACGGCUGCGCAGGAACGGCUGCGCAGAAACGGCUGCGCAGGAACGGCUGAGCAGAAACGGCUGCGCAGAAGCGUCUGCGCAGAAGCGUCUGCGCAGAAGCGGCUGCGCAGAAGCGGCUGCGCAGAAGCGGCUGCGCAGAAGCGGCUGCGCAGAUGCGGCUGCGCAGAAGCGGCUGCGCAGAAGCGGCUGCGCAGAAGCGGCUGCGCAGAAGCGGCUGCGCAGAAGCGGCUGCGCAGAAGCGGCUGCGCAGAAGCGGCUGCGCAGAAGCGGCUGCGCAGAAGCGGCUGCGCAGAAGCGGCUGCGCAGAAGCGGCUGCGCAGAAACGGCUGCGCAGAAACGGCUGCGCAGAAACGGCUGCGCACAAACGGCUGCGCACAAACGGCUGCGCACAAACGGCUGCGCACAAACGGCUGCGCACAAACGGCUGCGCAGGAACGGCUGCGCAGGAACGGCUGCGCAGGAACGGCUGCGCAGGAACGGCUGCGCAGGAACGGCUGCGCAGGAACGGCUGCGCAGGAACGGCUGCGCAGGAACGGCUGCGCAGGAACGGCUGCGCAGGAACGGCUGCGCAUGAACGGCUGCGCCGAAACGGCUGCGCCGAAACGGCUGCGCCGAAACGGCUGCGCCGAAACGGCUGCGCAGAAACAGCUGCCUGCGCAGAAGCGGCUGCGCAGAAGCGGCUGCGCAGAAACGGCUGCGCAGAAACGGCUGCGCAGAAGCGGCUGCGCAGAAGCGGCUGCGCAGAAGCGGCUGCGCAGAAACGGCUGCGCAGAAGCGGCUGCGCAGAAGCGGCUGCUCAGAAGCGGCUGCGCAGAAGCGGCUGCGCAGAAGCGGCUGCGCAGAAGCGGCUGCGCAGAAGCGGCUGCGCAGAAGCGGCUGCGCAGAAACGGCUGCGCAGAAGCGGCUGCGCAGAAGCGGCUGCGCAGAAGCGGCUGCGCAGAAGCGGCUGCGCAGAAGCGGCUGCGCAGAAGCGGCUGCGCAGAAGCGGCUGCGCAGAAGCGGCUGCGCACAAGCGGCUGCGCACAAGCGGCUGCGCACAAGCGGCUGCGCAGAAGCGGCUGCGCAGAAGCGGCUGCGCAGAAGCGGCUGCGCAGAAGCGGCUGCGCAGAAGCGGCUGCGCAGAAGCGGCUGCGCAGAAGCGGCUGCGCAGAAGCGGCUGCGCAGAAGCGGCUGCGCAGAAGCGGCUGCGCAGAAGCGGCUGCGCAGAAGCGGCUGCGCAGAAACGGCUGCGCAGAAACGGCUGCGCAGAAACGGCUGCCCACAAACGGCUGCGCACAAACGGCUGCGCACAAACGGCUGCGCACAAACGGCUGCGCAGGAACGGCUGCGCAGGAACGGCUGCGCAGGAACGGCUGCGCAGGAACGGCUGCGCAGGAACGGCUGCGCAGGAACGGCUGCGCAGGAACGGCUGCGCAGGAACGGCUGCGCAGGAACGGCUGCGCCGGAACAGCUGCGCCGAAACAGCUGCGCCGAAACAGCUGCGCCGAAACAGCUGCGCCGAAACAGCUGCGCCGAAACAGCUGCGCAGAAACAGCUGCGCAGAAACAGCUAGGCAGAAACGGCUGCGCAGAAACGGCUGCGCAGAAGCGGCUGCGCAGAAGCGGCUGCGCAGAAGCGGCUGCGCAGAAGCGGCUGCGCAGAAGCGGCUGCGCAGAAGCGGCUGCGCAGGAACGGCUGCGCAGGAACGGCUGCGCAGGAACGGCUGCGCAGGAACGGCUGCGCAGGAACGGCUGCGCAGGAACGGCUGCGCAGGAACGGCUGCGCAGCAACGGCUGCGCAGGAACGGCUGCGCAGGAACGGCUGCGCAGGAACGGCUGCGCAGGAACGGCUGCGCAGGAACGGCUGCGCAGGAACGGCUGCGCAGAAACGGCUGCGCAGAAACGGCUGCGCAGAAGCGGCUGCGCAGAAGCGGCUGCGCAGAAGCGGCUGCGCAGAAGCGGCUGCGCAGAAGCGGCUGCGCAGAAACGGCUGCGCAGAAGCGGCUGCGCAGAAGCGGCUGCGCAGAAGCGGCUGCGCAGAAGCGGCUGCGCAGAAGCGGCUGCGCAGAAGCGGCUGCGCAGAAGCGGCUGCGCAGAAGCGGCUGCGCAGAAGCGGCUGCGCAGAAGCGGCUGCGCAGAAGCGGCUGCGCAGAAGCGGCUGCGCAGAAGCGGCUGCGCAGAAGCGGCUGCGCAGAAGCGGCUGCGCAGAAGCGGCUGCGCAGAAGCGGCUGCGCAGAAGCGGCUGCGCAGAAGCGGCUGCGCAGAAGCGGCUGCGCAGAAGCGGCUGCGCAGAAGCGGCUGCGCAGAAGCGGCUGCGCAGAAGCGGCUGCGCAGAAGCGGCUGCGCAGAAGCGGCUGCGCAGAAGCGGCUGCGCAGAAGCGGCUGCGCAGAAGCGGCUGCGCAGAAGCGGCUGCGCAGAAGCGGCUGCGCAGAAACGGCUGCGCCGAAACGGCUGCGCAGAAACGGCUGCGCAGAAACGGCUGCGACGAAACGGCUGCGCCGAAACGGCUGCGCCGAAACGGCUGCGCAGAAACGGCUGCGCCGAAACGGCUGCGCCGAAACGGCUGCGCCGGAACGGCUGCGCAGGAACGGCUGCGCAGAAACGGCUGCGCAGAAACGGCUGCGCAGAAGCAGCUGCGCAGAAGCAGCUGCGCAGAAGCAGCUGCGCAGGAACAGCUGCGCAAUAACAGCUGCGCAGAAGCGGCUGCGCAGGAACGGCUGCGCAGAAGCGGCUGCGCAGGAACGGCUGCGCAGGAACGGCUGCGCAGGAACGGCUGCGCAGGAACGGCUGCGCAGGAACGGCUGCGCAGGAACGGCUGCGCAGGAACGGCUGCGCAGGAACGGCUGCGCAGGAACGGCUGCGCAGGAACGGCUGCGCAGGAACGGCUGCGCAGGAACGGCUGCGCAGGAACGGCUGCGCAGGAACGGCUGCGCAGGAACGGCUGCGCAGGAACGGCUGCGCAGAAACGGCUGCGCAGAAGCGGCUGCGCAGAAGCGGCUGCGCAGAAGCGGCUGCGCAGAAGCGGCUGCGCAGAAGCGGCUGCGCAGAAGCGGCUGCGCAGAAACGGCUGCGCAGAAACGGCUGCGCAGAAACGGCUGCGCAGAAACAGCUGCGCAGAAACAGCUGCGCAGAAGCAGCUGCGCAGAAGCAGCUGCGCAGAAGCAGCUGCGCAGAAGCAGCUGCGCAGAAGCAGCUGCGCAGAAGCAGCUGCGCAGAAGCAGCUGCGCAGAAGCAGCUGCGCAAAAGCAGCUGCGCAGAAGCAGCUGCGCAGAAGCAGCUGCGCAGGAACAGCUGCGCAGGAACAGCUGCGCAGAAGCAGCUGCGCAGGAACAGCUGCGCAGGAACUGCUGCGCAGGAACGGCUGCGCAGGAACGGCUGCGCAGGAACGGCUGCGCAGGAACGGCUGCGCAGGAACGGCUGCGCAGGAACGGCUGCGCAGGAACGGCUGCGCAGGAACGGCUGCGCAGGAACGGCUGCGCAGAAACGGCUGCGCAGGAACGGCUGCGCAGGAACGGCUGCGCAGGAACGGCUGCGCAGGAACGGCUGCGCAGGAACGGCUGCGCAGGAACGGCUGCGCAGGAACGGCUGCGCAGGAACGGCUGCGCAGAAACGGCUGCGCAAAACGGCUGCGCAGAAGCGGCUGCGCAGAAACGGCUGCGCAGAAGCGGCUGCGCAGAAGCGGCUGCGCAGAAGCGGCUGCGCAGAAGCGGCUGCGCAGAAACGGCUGCGCAGAAACGACUGCGCAGAAACAGCUGCGCAGAAACAGCUGCGCAGAAGCAGCUGCGCAGAAGCAGCUGCGCAGAAGCAGCUGCGCAGAAGCAGCUGCGCAGAAGCAGCUGCGCAGAAGCAGCUGCGCAGAAGCAGCUGCGCAGAAGCAGCUGCGCAGGAACGGCUGCGCAGAAGCGGCUGCGCAGGAACGGCUGCGCAGGAACGGCUGCGCAGAAGCGGCUGCGCAGAAGCGGCUGCGCAGGAACGGCUGCGCAGGAACGGCUGCGCAGGAACGGCUGCGCCGAAACGGCUGCGCCGAAACGGCUGCGCCGAAACGGCUGCGCCGAAACGGCUGCGCCGAAACGGCUGCGCAGAAACGGCUGCGCAGAAACGGCUGCGCCGAAACGGCUGCGCCGAAACGGCUGCGCCGAAACGGCUGCGCAGAAACGGCUGCGCCGAAACGGCUGCGCCGAAACGGCUGCGCAGAAGCGGCUGCGCAGAAGCGGCUGCGCAGAAGCGGCUGCGCAGAAGCGGCUGCGCAGAAGCGGCUGCGCAGAAGCGGCUGCGCAGAAGCGGCUGCGCAGAAGCGGCUGCGCAGAAGCGGCUGCGCAGAAGCGGCUGCGCAGAAGCGGCUGCGCAGGAACGGCUGCGCAGAAGCGGCUGCGCAGGAACGGCUGCGCAGAAGCGGCUGCGCAGAAGCGGCUGCGCAGAAGCGGCUGCGCAGAAGCGGCUGCGCAGAAGCGGCUGCGCAGAAGCGGCUGCGCAGAAGCGGCUGCGCAGAAGCGGCUGCGCAGAAGCGGCUGCGCAGAAGCGGCUGCGCAGAAGCGGCUGCGCAGAAGCGGCUGCGCAGAAGCGGCUGCGCAGAAGCGGCUGCGCAGAAGCGGCUGCGCAGAAGCGGCUGCGCAGAAGCGGCUGCGCAGAAGCGGCUGCGCAGAAGCGGCUGCGCAGAAGCGGCUGCGCAGAAGCGGCUGCGCAGAAGCGGCUGCGCAGAAGCGGCUGCGCAGAAGCGGCUGCGCAGAAGCGGCUGCGCGGGAACGGCUGCGCGGGAACGGCUGCGCGGGAACGGCUGCGCGGGAACGGCUGCGCGGGAACGGCUGCGCGGGAACGGCUGCGCGGAAACGGCUGCGCGGAAACGGCUGCGCGGAAACGGCUGCGCGGAAACGGCUGCGCGGAAACGGCUGCGCGGAAACGGCUUCGCGGAAACGGCUGCGCCGAAACGGCUGCGCAGAAACGGCUGCGACGAAACGGCUGCGCCGAAACGGCUGCGCCGAAACGGCUGCGCAGGAACGGCUGCGCAGGAACGGCUGCGCAGGAACGGCUGCGCAGGAACGGCUGCGCAGAAACGGCUGCGCAGAAACGGCUGCGCAGAAACGGCUGCGCAGAAACGGCUGCGCAGAAACGGCUGCGCAGAAGCGGCUGCGCAGAAGCGGCUGCGCAGAAGCGGCUGCGCAGAAGCGGCUGCGCAGAAGCGGCUGCGCAGAAGCGGCUGCGCAGAAGCGGCUGCGCAGAAGCGGCUGCGCAGAAGCGGCUGCGCAGAAGCGGCUGCGCAGGAACGGCUGCGCAGAAGCGGCUGCGCAGGAACGGCUGCGCAGGAACGGCUGCGCAGAAGCGGCUGCGCAGAAGCGGCUGCGCAGAAGCGGCUGCGCAGAAGCGGCUGCGCAGAAGCGGCUGCGCAGAAGCGGCUGCGCAGAAGCGGCUGCGCAGAAGCGGCUGCGCAGAAGCGGCUGCGCAGAAGCGGCUGCGCAGAAGCGGCUGCGCAGAAGCGGCUGCGCAGAAGCGGCUGCGCAGAAGCGGCUGCGCAGAAGCGGCUGCGCAGAAGCGGCUGCGCAGAAGCGGCUGCGCAGAAGCGGCUGCGCAGAAGCGGCUGCGCAGAAGCGGCUGCGCAGAAGCGGCUGCGCAGAAGCGGCUGCGCAGAAGCGGCUGCGCAGGAACGGCUGCGCAGGAACGGCUGCGCAGGAACGGCUGCGCAGGAACGGCUGCGCAGGAACGGCUGCGCAGGAACGGCUGCGCAGGAACGGCUGCGCAGGAACGGCUGCGCAGGAACGGCUGCGCAGGAACGGCUGCGCAGGAACGGCUGCGCAGGAACGGCUGCGCAGGAACGGCUGCGCAGGAACGGCUGCGCAGGAACGGCUGCGCAGGAACGGCUGCGCAGGAACGGCUGCGCAGGAACGGCUGCGCAGGAACGGCUGCGCAGGAACGGCUGCGCAGGAACGGCUGCGCAGGAACGGCUGCGCAGAACGGCUGCGCAGGAACGGCUGCGCAGGAACGGCUGCGCAGGAACGGCUGCGCAGGAACGGCUGCGCAGGAACGGCUGCGCAGGAACGGCUGCGCAGGAACGGCUGCGCAGGAACGGCUGCGCAGAAGCGGCUGCGCAGAAGCGGCUGCGCAGAAGCGGCUGCGCAGAAGCGGCUGCGCAGAAGCGGCUGCGCAGAAGCGGCUGCGCAGAAGCGGCUGCGCAGAAGCGGCUGCGCAGAAGCGGCUGCGCAGAAGCGGCUGCGCAGAAGCGGCUGCGCAGAAGCGGCUGCGCAGAAGCGGCUGCGCAGAAGCGGCUGCGCAGAAGCGGCUGCGCAGGAACGGCUGCGCAGGAACGGCUGCGCAGGAACGGCUGCGCAGGAACGGCUGCGCAGGAACGGCUGCGCAGGAACGGCUGCGCAGGAACGGCUGCGCAGGAACGGCUGCGCAGGAACGGCUGCGCAGGAACGGCUGCGCAGGAACGGCUGCGCAGGAACGGCUGCGCAGGAACGGCUGCGCAGGAACGGCUGCGCAGGAACGGCUGCGCAGGAACGGCUGCGCAGGAACGGCUGCGCAGGAACAGCUGCGCAGGAACAGCUGCGCAGGAACAGCUGCGCAGGAACUGCUGCGCAGGAACGGCUGCGCAGGAACGGCUGCGCAGGAACGGCUGCGCAGGAACGGCUGCGCAGGAACGGCUGCGCAGGAACGGCUGCGCAGGAACGGCUGCGCAGGAACGGCUGCGCAGGAACGGCUGCGCAGGAACGGCUGCGCAGGAACGGCUGCGCAGGAACGGCUGCGCAGGAACGGCUGCGCAGGAACGGCUGCGCAGGAACGGCUGCGCAGGAACGGCUGCGCAGGAACGGCUGCGCAGGAACGGCUGCGCAGAAGCGGCUGCGCAGAAGCGGCUGCGCAGAAGCGGCUGCGCAGAAGCGGCUGCGCAGAAGCGGCUGCGCAGAAGCGGCUGCGCAGAAGCGGCUGCGCAGAAACGGCUGCGCAGAAACGGCUGCGCAGAAGCGGCUGCGCAGAAGCGGCUGCGCAGAAGCGGCUGCGCAGAAGCGGCUGCGCAGAAGCGGCUGCGCAGAAGCGGCUGCGCAGAAGCGGCUGCGCAGAAGCGGCUGCGCAGAAGCGGCUGCGCAGAAGCGGCUGCGCAGAAGCGGCUGCGCUGAAGCGGCUGCGCUGAAGCGGCUGCGCGGAAGCGGCUGCGCGGAAAAACGGCUGCGCAGAAGCGGCUGCGCAGAAGCGGCUGCGCAGAAGCGGCUGCGCAGGAACGGCUGCGCAGGAACGGCUGCGCAGAAGCAGCUGCGCAGGAACAGCUGCGCAGGAACAGCUGCGCAGGAACAGCUGCGCAGGAACAGCUGCGCAGGAACAGCUGCGCAGGAACAGCUGCGCAGGAACAGCUGCGCAGGAACUGCUGCGCAGGAACGGCUGCGCAGGAACGGCUGCGCAGGAACGGCUGCGCAGGAACGGCUGCGCAGGAACGGCUGCGCAGGAACGGCUGCGCAGGAACGCCUGCGCAGUAACGGCUGCGCAGUAACGGCUGCGCAGGAACGGCUGCGCAGGAACGGCUGCGCAGGAACGGCUGCGCAGGAACGGCUGCGCAGAAACGGCUGCGCAGAAGCGGCUGCGCAGAAGCGGCUGCGCAGAAACGGCUGCGCAGAAGCGGCUGCGCAGAAGCGGCUGCGCAGAAGCGGCUGCGCAGAAGCGGCUGCGCAGAAGCGGCUGCGCAGAAGCGGCUGCGCAGAAGCGGCUGCGCAGAAGCGGCUGCGCAGAAAAACGGCUGCGCAGAAACGGCUGCGCAGAAACGGCUGCGCAGGAACGGCUGCGCAGGAACGGCUGCGCAGGAACGGCUGCGCAGAAGCGGCUGCGCAGGAACGGCUGCGCAGGAACGGCUGCGCAGGAACGGCUGCGCAGGAACGGCUGCGCAGGAACGGCUGCGCAGGAACGGCUGCGCAGGAACGGCUGCGCAGGAACGGCUGCGCAGGAACGGCUGCGCAGGAACGGCUGCGCAGGAACGGCUGCGCAGGAACGGCUGCGCAGGAACGGCUGCGCAGGAACGGCUGCGCAGGAACGGCUGCGCAGGAACGGCUGCGCAGGAACGGCUGCGCAGGAACGGCUGCGCAGGAACGGCUGCGCAGGAACGGCUGCGCAGGAACGGCUGCGCAGGAACGGCUGCGCAGGAACGGCUGCGCAAAGCGGCUGCGCAGAAGCGGCUGCGCAGAAGCGGCUGCGCAUAAACGGCUGCGCAUAAACGGCUGCGCAGAAACGGCUGCGCAGAAACGGCUGCGCAGAAACGGCUGCGCAGAAACGGCUGCGCAUAAACGGCUGCGCAUAAACGGCUGCGCAGGAACGGCUGCGCAGGAACGGCUGCGCAGGAACGGCUGCGCAGGAACGGCUGCGCAGGAACGGCUGCGCAGGAACGGCUGCGCAGGAACGGCUGCGCAGGAACGGCUGCGCAGGAACGGCUGCGCAGGAACGGCUGCGCAGGAACGGCUGCGCAGGAACGGCUGCGCAGGAACGGCUGCGCAGGAACGGCUGCGCAGGAACGGCUGCGCAGGAACGGCUGCGCAGGAACGGCUGCGCAGGAACGGCUGCGCAGGAACGGCUGCGCAGGAACGGCUGCGCAGAAACGGCUGCGCAGAAACGGCUGCGCAGAAACGGCUGCGCAGUAACGGCUGCGCAGGAACGGCUGCGCAGGAACGGCUGCGCAGGAACGGCUGCGCAGGAACGGCUGCGCAGAAGCGGCUGCGCAGAAGCGGCUGCGCAGAAGCGGCUGCGCAGAAGCGGCUGCGCAGAAGCGGCUGCGCAGAAGCGGCUGCGCAGAAGCGGCUGCGCAGAAGCGGCUGCGCAGAAGCGGCUGCGCAGAAGCGGCUGCGCAGAAGCGGCUGCGCAGAAGCGGCUGCGCAGAAGCGGCUGCGCAGAAGCGGCUGCGCAGAAGCGGCUGCGCAGAAGCGGCUGCGCAGAAGCGGCUGCGCAGAAGCGGCUGCGCAGAAACGGCUGCGCAUAAACGGCUGCGAACGGCUGCGCAGAAGCGGCUGCGCAGAAGCGGCUGCGCAGAAGCGGCUGCGCAGAAGCGGCUGCGCAGAAGCGGCUGCGCAGAAGCGGCUGCGCAGAAGCGGCUGCGCAGAAACGGCUGCGCAGGAACGGCUGCGCAGGAACGGCUGCGCAGGAACGGCUGCGCAGGAACGGCUGCGCAGCAACGGCUGCGCAGCAACGGCUGCGCAGCAACGGCUGCGCAGCAACGGCUGCGCAGCAACGGCUGCGCAGGAACGGCUGCGCAGGAACGGCUGCGCAGGAACGGCUGCGCAGGAACGGCUGCGCAGGAACGGCUGCUCAGGAACGGCUGCUCAGGAACGGCUGCGCAGGAACGGCUGCGCAGAAACGGCUGCGCAGAAACGGCUGCGCAGAAACGGCUGCGCCGAAACGGCUGCGCCGAAACGGCUGCGCCGAAACGGCUGCGCCGAAACGGCUGCGCCGAAACGGCUGCGCCGAAACGGCUGCGCCGAAACGGCUGCGACGAAACGGCUGCGCCGAAACGGCUGCGCCGAAACGGCUGCGCAGAAACGGCUGCGCAGAAACGGCUGCGCCGAAACGGCUGCGCCGGAACGGCUGCGCCGGAACAGCUGCGCAGAAACAGCUGCGCAGAAACAGCUGCGCAGAAACAGCUGCGCAGAAACAGCUGCGCAGAAGCAGCUGCGCAGAAGCAGCUGCGCAGAAGCAGCUGCGCAGAAGCAGCUGCGCAGAAGCAGCUGCGCAGAAGCAGCUGCGCAGGAACAGCUGCGCAGAAGCGGCUGCGCAGGAACGGCUGCGCAGAAGCGGCUGCGCAGGAACGGCUGCGCAGGAACGGCUGCGCAGGAACGGCUGCGCAGGAAAAGCCGCGCAGGAAAAGCCGCGCAGGAACGGCUGCGCAGGAACGGCUGCGCAGGAACGGCUGCGCAGGAACGGCUGCGCAGGAACGGCUGCGCAGAAACGGCUGCGCAGAAACGGCUGCGCAGAAACGGCUGCGCAGUAACGGCUGCGCAGGAACGGCUGCGCAGAAACGGCUGCGCAGGAACGGCUGCGCAGGAACGGCUGCGCAGGAACGGCUGCGCAGAAACGGCUGCGCAGAAGCGGCUGCGCAGAAGCGGCUGCGCAGAAGCGGCUGCGCAGAAGCGGCUGCGCAGAAGCGGCUGCGCAGAAGCGGCUGCGCAGAAGCGGCUGCGCAGAAGCGGCUGCGCAGAAGCGGCUGCGCAGAAGCGGCUGCGCAGAAGCGGCUGCGCAGAAGCGGCUGCGCAGAAGCGGCUGCGCAGAAGCGGCUGCGCAGAAGCGGCUGCGCAGAAGCGGCUGCGCAGAAGCGGCUGCGCAGAAGCGGCUGCGCAGAAGCGGCUGCGCAGAAGCGGCUGCGCAGAAACGGCUGCGCAGAAACGGCUGCGCAGAAACGGCUGCGCACAAACGGCUGCGCACAAACGGCUGCGCACAAACGGCUGCGCACAAACGGCUGCGCACAAACGGCUGCGCACAAACGGCGGCGCAGAAACGGCUGCGCAGGAACGGCUGCGCAGGAACGGCUGCGCAGGAACGGCUGCGCAGGAACGGCUGCGCAGGAACGGCUGCGCAGGAACGGCUGCGCAGGAUCAGCUGCGCAUGAACAGCUGCGCCGAAACAGCUGCGCCGAAACAGCUGCGCCGAAACAGCUGCGCCGAAACAGCUGCGCAGAAACAGCUGCGCCGAAACAGCUGCACAGAAACAGCUGCGCCGAAACAGCUGCGCCGAAACAGCUGCGCAGAAACAGUUGCGCCUAAACAGCUGCGCAGAAACAGCUAG